CUUCAUCAAAGGAGGAACCAGGAGUGAAUGGUUUGCAGAUCCGAAGGUGCAAGACUCUGCUUGUAUCCGUGGUGUGUUUUCGGUGUUCCCCAAAAGCAGAGAUCUCCAAAGAGCAGAGACUGUCCCGCUGAGCAGGAAACAUGAACGUGGAAGAGUAUUUCGCGAGAACCAGCUACAAAGGCUCCCUGGAAAAGCUCGAUCUGGAAACGCUGACGGACAUCUUCCAGCACCACAUCCGGGCCGUUCCCUUUGAAAACCUGAGCGUCCACUGCGGGGAGACCAUCACGCUGGACCUGGAGGACGUCUACGAGAAGAUCGUGCGCAAGAGGCGGGGCGGGUGGUGCAUGGAGAACAACCAGCUGCUCCUUUGGGUUCUCCAGACCCUGGGGUUCGACACCACCCCCCUGGGGUCCUAUGUCUACAACCCGCAGCAAGGCAACUACAGGACGGACAUGAGCCACCUCAUCAUGAAGGUUGUGAUCGACGGCACAACGUAUAUUGUUGACGGUGGUUAUGGCUCUACCUACCAAAUGUGGGAGCCGAUGGAGCUGGUGUCCGGCAAAGACCAGCCUCAAACACCGGGGAUCUUUCGCUUCACGGAAGAGAAGGGGACGUGGUACUUGGAGAAAGUCAGGAGGAAGCAACACGUUCCCGAUCCCGACUUCAGCCAUCUUGUAGGGAAGGUGGGACGUAGGGAGAUCUACUAUUUCAACCUGAAGCCGGUUACGAUGGAGGACUUCCAGCCCCAAUGUUUGAACCUCCAAACGUCCCCCAAUUCCCUGUUUACACGCAAGUCCAUCUGCACCCUCCAGACCGCGGUCGGCUUCCGGGCUCUGGUUGGGUGGACCUUCUCAGAGACCACGUACGGCUAUGAGGAGGACACGGACCUGGUGGAGUUCAAGGCCUUGCGGGACGAGGAGGUGGAGCCGACCCUGCGAGAGGAGUUUGGCAUCUCCUUGGAGAGGAAGCUGGUCCCCAUCAACCUCCCCGGGAACUAUGACGUCUAGCCCAUGGCAGCAGGGUUUGCUCUCCGUCAAAGCUCCCAAACUAGAUCAAGGAUAGGAUGAUGGUGCAUUUCAUCUUUGUCUCAGAUAAGGAAGAUUUCAAGCAACUGAAAAUAGACAAACUUGUUCUUCAGAUUUUAUUAAUCCACACUGAUCUGAAUUUGGAAAAGCCAAGAUGGCGUUCUAUGUAAUGGUUUCACCACUGGACAAAUACACCACGAGACAACCACACCAUGAACACCCAUUGGGAGGUCACUCUCUCUCAGCCUCAGAGGGGGCCAAGACAGACAGACCCUCUCUCAAUAAAACACUUGAGGGGCUUGCCUGAGAUCUGAGCCCCAUUCGGGACAUGAAGCGCAUAGAUCAACAGAAAGACCUGAAAACUUGGCUCUUCCCGUGUGCUUUCAACAACUGACCACAAGAAUAACCUCCUCAGCAUUGAUCUCACCUUGGAUUCUCCUCUUUGCUGCAAAACUCUUAUCUCCCUCAUCAGGUUUUAAUCAUGCACGGCCCACUGCACUGCACAGCCUUUUAAUAGGGUAUUGUUGUAUUGUUUUAAUUUGGCGGUUUUACCUACCAUUAUAUUGUUGCUUAAAAUUGUUGGUUUAAUCUGCGUAAUAUUAAAUGCAAAUUAUGUUUGUUUUACUGUGAACGUAUUUUAUCUUGUUUAUUCUGGAAAUUUGGGCCUGGCCCCAUGUUAGCUGCCCCAAGUCCCUGCGGGGAGACGGAGGCAGGGUACAAAAAUAAAGUUGUUGUUGUUAUUA